GGGGAGGGGAAGCUCCCUGAGGAGGAAGCUGUGCCCAUCCCUGGGGAGCUGGGGGCGGCCAGCAAAGUGGCCACACUGAGCUUGCAAGAUCUCUGAUCUCUGAGGCAGGCCAGCCAGCUCUGUUCCCUUCCUGUGCUGCCCUCUGGCUGCCUCUUUCCCCUCAGCCUGGCUGCCAUGGUGACUGUGACGUGGCCAGCAAACAGUCCUGGGCCAGUCUCUCCGGAAGCAGCAGGACAGUUUCCUGACUCAAGAUGUACAGGGCCCCCCGGCCUCUGCUCCCCUACGCCGGGGAGCACCUACAGCGCUCAUGGGACAAAGCCUAUCAGGACCACAGGAGAAAGGUGCAGAACGCCCAGCCGCUGGUGGACACUCGGGCCCCGCCGACUUUCUGCCACCUGCAGCUGAAGGUCAAGAGGCUGAAGCUGGAAGAGGAGCGGCUCUCCACCAUCGACAGGAACAACCGCCUGCUCCUGGAGAGGGUGGCCCACAUCCUGAAGACAAGGGGGCAGCCUGGCAGCAGAUAUGACUCCACUGACACAAGGGCUGCUCCGCUUGCAGCAGCGUGUGAAGAAGAGCAAGGCUGCCUGGACAUGAAGACAAACAACAUGGACACCAAGAAGGAAGGAAUCAAACUGUUCACAAAUAAGUGAGUUUGCAUUCGCUAAAAAUGAAUACACAAAUUCAACAGGUUGCAGAAUACAAGACCACAAACACACAAAUCCAUUGUAUUUUUAUACAUUUGCAACAAACAAUCAGAAAAUGAAACUAAGAAAAUAAUUCCAUUCACAAAAGUAUCACAAAGAAUAAAUAUUGGGGCUGGCAUUGUGGCACAGCGGGUUAAGCUGCUGCCUUGAGGAGAUCAUCCCAUAUGGGUUCUGGUUCGAGUCCCAGCUGCUCCCAUCCAGCUCCUUGCUAUAGAAAAGCAGUAGAAGAUGGCCCAAGUGCCUGGGUCCCUGCACCCUUGUGGGAGACCUGGAAGAGGCUCCUGGCUCCUAGCUUUGGAUCCAGCCCAGCUCCAGCUGUUACAGCCAUCUGGGGAGUAAACUAGAAGAUGGAAGAUCUGUUUGUCUAUCUCUCCUCUCUCUGUCACUCUGAUUUUCAGAUAAAUAAAAUAUUGAAAAAAAAAAAAAAAAAAAACAUGAGACACAUAAAACACUGCACUGCUUCUGGGCCUUCCCAGACUGACUGUUCUUCAAACCUGCUGCAAAUGCGGUCACCAGGGCAGAGCCUGACCUGUCACGUGGAAAACGUGGCACAUAAGGCCAUGACACGUGAGUAUGGAUCAGGGAGGAGUUCUCAUCCUGAAAGAGAAAAGGCUCCAGAACCCCAAAUAAAGAGAGCUGCCUACUGCGAGUGAAGUCCAGAGAGGACAGAAGAAAACCAGAAGAGGCAAACCCAUGACAGCACAAUGCACACCAUUGCAAGGGCACAGGAGAGCGCUGACCACAGCUUCUGUCCUCCCUCUGCCUUUCCCAGUGGGCAUGGUCUGUGUCUAGAGAAAUGUGGCAAGUAUGAUUAAAGUUGAACCUCCGGCGCAGUGGCUCACUUGGUUAAUCCUCCGCCUGUGGCACCAGCACCCCAGGUUCUAGUCCUGGUCGGGGCGCUGGAUUCUGUCCCGGUUGCUCCUCUUCCUGUCCAGCUCUCUGCUGUGGCCUGGGAGCGCAGUGGAGGAUGGCCCAAGUCCUUGCGACCUGCACCUGCAUGGGAGACCAGGAGGAAGCACCUGGCUCCUGGCUUCAGAUCAGCGCGGUGCGCUGGCUGUAGCGGCCAUUUGUGGGGUAAACCAACAGAAGGAAGACCUUUCUCUGUCUCUCUCUCUCACUGUCUAACUCUGCCUGUCAAAAAAAAGUUACCUCACAGUAAUCUUUUAACCCUGACAUUAGACACUACUUGUUUUCUUGAAUAUCAUGUUACUGGGUUCAUAACAGCUAAACCCACACGACUUAAUCAGCCCGUAUCAGUGGGUCUGUGUAUUAAUUCCAAGCACAUGCUGUUGUAGCCGACGUGAAAUGGACACGUUUAGGCACUAAUGUCCAUGUGGACUCUCCAGUCCUACUCUUCUUACACUGAGUGAAGUUGCUGAUGUUCCACUGUUUCUGAUCUACACAAUGCGGUUUUGUCAGACCCAGUCUGAUACUUGACCCUUUUGUGGCAUUUAAUCCACAUCCACUCGCUCCUUGUUCUAACUCUUUAUCCACUUUCUCUCAUGCUUCCACCUCCCUAACCCUGCCCUCUUUCCUGUUUGGCCCGUAGCCCCAUCCCUGGGCUCAGCUCAGCACUGUAGAUGGUGCCCAUUAGGCCACAGAUCCCAUUGUCAACCCUGUGGCCACUCCAACCACGAGCUAGCCAGAGGACCCACGCAUCUCACCAUGACCCAAACCCAUUCCAGUUCCGCCAUGAUGGGCUCAGUGAUGCCAGGCAAGGUCUUAGCUGUAGUAAAGCACAAGAUCCUAUUGUUGAGAUUAUUAUCAGAAUUAAAUGAGAGAACUGUAUUUUAUUUAUCCUAGUAACACUACACACCAAGCACACACAAUCAUAUACAUACACACAGCACCAACACAAUAUCACACACACCUACCACAUAAUACACAGCACACACAGUACACCAUGCAUACCACACAGUACAUAUAUACCACACACAUACACACACCACAUACCACACACAUAUAGUACACAACCAAACACCUAUACACGUACAGUACACACCACACACUACCCACACACACCACGUACCCACUUCAGUGACUCUCAAGUGCAUGUGUACUGCGGUGAAGUGUGGUUUUCCUGGCAGUAAUGCUCCUUUUUUGGCGGAGUAAAAAGCACGAAUGCAGGGAUGGGUGUUUGGCCCAGUGGUUAAGAAGCCACUUGGGACUUCUGCAUCCCCUGUCCAAGUGCCCAGGUUCAUGUCCUGGUUCCCCUUCCGACUCCAGCUUCCUGUAAAUGGGCACCCUAGGUAGCAGUGAUGAGGGCUUAGCUGGGGCCCUGCCACCUGUUUGAGAGACCUGGAGUGAGUUCCCAGCUCCUGGCUUUAGCCCGUUCAGGCACCGGGGAGUGAAACAUUGAAUGGAAGAUGUCCAUCUUUUUCUGUUUGCUUACCACACAAAUACAUUUUGAAAAAUAAAAGUGAGGGGUGUUUACGAUGGGGCCUGGCACAGCCCAAGUGCCUAGUACUGUACCGAGGUGGGCACUGUUCCAGGAAGGGGUCCACACCUGCUCAGCCCAGGUCUCUGUUCCAGUGUCGCUGCUCUUGAAAUCCAUGCUGCGCUCCUGCCCCUCGGUGCUCCCACAGUGCCGUCCCUUCUCAUUGUCUCCAGUCAUCCUCUGCCAUCUCCUCAGUGUUCUUUCUAAACUGUGUGAGUGUGGUCUGAAGUCAUGGACUAUCUUCAAGAUAAGUCAGGAACCUUUCCAAGAUCCAGCCUGGGUCAGCUCCCAGCAGGCACUCCUCAGGUGGCCUGUGACAUCCUUCUUUGGGGAGGCACGAGUGCCCACCUCAGGAGCCCUGCUCUGUCCCUCCCACAGUGGCUGUGUGGUCCCCAGAGCAGCUGAGUGCUCACCCUGGAGCCAGCACCUCCCCGUGGGUUUGCUCUGCGCUUGUCCACAGUCAUGCAAAGUGCAAACCCUGCAGUCCCCGAAGCUGCCGGGCCCUGACAUAUGCCCUAACCAUCUUGGU